AUGUAAGCUUAUACUUGGGGGUAAGCGAUGGAGAGGGGUUGGCAUAAGGUUCCACCCAAGCCAUCGCUUACCCCCAAGUAAACACAAUGUAAGUUGGGUACGAAACGUGUACGAAACUACCUGAACGGUAUGGCAGCCGCCCGUGCCUGGGUGAGGAAUACGAUCUGCUUGAUCUGGGAGUACACGUGUUCGGUGUUUCGAACGGUUUGGAGUGUUACGGAAGCCAGGUAGAGUUAUGCAAAGGGGACAGAUAGAUGCAGACCUCUUAACGCCGAAUCUCAUCAGAUAUAAAGUCCAAGGACCAUCCUCGUUGUUCAGUGCUUUACCUUUCUCUGUAGACAUCUUCACUCACCUUCAUACCUUUCAACCGACUCAACACCAAAACAUCAUCACCAUCACAAUGGCGGACCUCAAGCCCAUCAAGCUCUACGGCCACACCGGCCCCAACCCUCCCAAGGUGUACAUGCUCCUCGCCGAGCUCGGCCUUCCCAUCGACCUGGACCACAUCCAAAUCUCCGAAGCCAAGAGCCCCGAGUUCGUCAAGAACGUCAACCCCAACGGCCGCCUGCCCGCCAUCCAGGACCCCAACACGGGCCUCACCCUCUGGGAGUCCGGCGCGAUCCUCGAGUACCUGACCGAGACCUACGACAAGGAGCACAAGCUCAGCUUCGCCCCCGGCACCAACGACUUCUACCUCGCCCGCCAGUGGCUCUACUUCCAGACCACGGGCCAGGGCCCCUACUACGGCCAGGUCGCGUGGUUCAAGAGAUACCACCCGGAGCCGGUGCCCAGCGCUGUCGAGAGAUAUGUCAAGGAGUUGAACCGCGUGACCUCUGUCAUGGAGGGCCACUUGCAGACGCAGAAGGAGCAGUACGGUACUGAGGAGCCGUGGUUUGUGGGCAACAAGUUCAGCUAUAUCGAUAUUGCGUUUUUGCCUUGGCAGCACAUUAUCACUCUCCUUGCGAGCAAGGAGGAGUAUGAUGAGGAGAAGUACCCGUUGGUUCACGGCUGGUUGGAGAGGUUGAGGGCGAGGCCGUUGAUUAAGGACGCUUUGGAUGUCAUCCUUACUGGUCGUAAGAAGGAGGAGUAAGGAAGGGCUUCCAUUGGGGGAGUAGCUUGAGAGGAUGAUGGUGUAUUUGUAUGUUUGAGCGAAGCCUGCUGGAUAUAUAUUUCAGAUGGUUGGAUAUAAAUGGUAUCAUUUUCCUAAAAAAAAAAAACCGAGUAGCUGCUGGGUUGGUGAUGUUUGAGUCAAUCUGAGAAUCAAAGAUGCCUCCUUGUUCUGUUAUGGUCAGUUGGAGUGUCAAGCGUCUACACGAGAUUUCGUGCAACCGGCAUAGGUACGGGGUGCACUAGGGGACCUGUCGCAUGAUACAUAUUAAUCCGAGUAAGCAAGACUUCAUGGUAUCAAAGUUAAAGCAUUCGACCAAGUGACUUUGAGUCUCGAUAUGAAAAGUUGAAGAAGAGAGGUGAUGGAUGUUGUA